CUUCCAAAAAGCUUGUACCUUUGAGUUCAAGCUGGCGACGGAUUCCGUCGAUCCGAGGCCGAAGGCGCCAGAUCCAGACCACUAACAACAUGACGCCGGCAGCAACCUUCCCACAAGCAGCGGCCAUGGCGUACUCGGCCUCCCUGCAGAGCUUCCUCCCGCCCUCGGCCCACGCGGCGACGUCGUCGUCCCAGCACCGGCCCAACCACGCCCGCCCCUUCCAGUGCGCGGCCGUUUCCGCCCCGUCGUCGGCGGCCGCCUCGCCGUCGGCCUCGGCCGUCCCGGCGGAGCGGCUGGAGCCGCGGGUGGUGCAGCGCUGCAACGGGAGGGCGGGUACUGGGUGCCUGACAAGCUCACCAAGCUGCCCAUGGAGCAGAUCGACGCCGACAAGCUCACCAAGCAGGACGUCGACGUGCGGCUCAAGUGGCUCGGCCUCUUCCACCGCCGCAAGCAGUAGUGUAUACCCCUGCUCUGUCAAGUUCUGAGGCAUUAUCUUGUUGAGGACUCAUGUUGAGAUCAAUCACAAACAUCAUUGCGGCGGUGGAGCACUUGCUCAGGUUUACAAUCAAGUUCUCUUUAAUUCAGCAGCAACAGCAACAGAGGCGGGGGCGGGCGCGGAGAGGAAGACCCUGGGCUUGGAGGAGAGGUUGAGCAGGGCCAACGCGGCGAUGAAGACCCUGGGCCAGAGUGGCGACGAAGACCCAGUGCCGCGACGGCGACCAAAAUUGUCCGCGGCGACGGCGGCCAAGGCGGACCAAAUCGAGGACCUAGUCGUCAAUUUACUGCUUCUUGGCACGAUUCAGAGGGAGGUGACGAAGAGGAAGAACUUUAGGAGCAAUCCCGCUGCUCAGGUAGGCGAGGGCACACCCAUGGCGGCUGCGCGCAGCUGGGCGGCGGCGCAAGGCGCCUCCGUGGAGGUUCUGCGCGUCUCCUCCGCGACGACGCAGGUCGUCUCCUGCACAGGCGGCUGGGUCCUGCAACACGCGGAGACUCUCUCUGGGUGCUGAGGAGAACGGGGGAUGGUGGCCGGAGCCGGCGACGCGCGAGGGACGGUGGAGAACUGAGGAAGGAGACGGGGGCGUUUUUUCAAAUGAUUCGAAAGUAUCAGGACAUGUUUGCAAAAUGCAUAAUGUACAGCACGCGCGACAUCUAAAUCCGAACGGAGGGAGUAUCUCCUAGUAGAUGCCAUCUACAUACCCUAAAAAAAAUGUCAUCCACACAUGAUGGUUUGUGAUGCAUACAAAUUUAAAAGCGAGAAGCAGAAAGAAUGUUAUGACAAAUCAGUGUAAAUUAUUUUUCUAGGAUUUUUUGACAGUUUUUCUAGGGUUUUGUUUGUGCAAUUUUGAGGGUUUGUCUUUUCACAACGGCACAUUCCUUGGGCUGAGAGACGGCCCAUUUUUUUCUCCUUUUCUCUGUCCGUCCGGCUCCACCACAGGCGGAAUUCAAAGUUUCAAACCACCCCGCCCCAAGCGAGUGCUACUGAUUGACACGGAAACAGAGUUGAUUUCGAAGCCAAACUGCGCUCCUCUGUGUCGUCACCGGCCACCGGGCGGCGCACCGAAGCGAGGCCGCAGGAAGCAGAGAUCCGGAGACCACGAUGCAGCAGCAGCAGCCGGCCCUCCUCAGCUUCGGAGGAGGCGGCGAGUGCCGCCACGACGAGGACGACGAGGAAUACGCGACGCUGGAAGCGCUCGUGAUGCAGCAGGGGCAGUCCGCCUCGGUAGGAGCGCCUCACUUCGACGGCGCAGACUUUGAAAUGUGGCAGGUUGGGAUGAGAGACCACCUGCUUUUCUUUCACCCUCGCGUGUGGAGCAUUGUGGAAACCGGCUUCUCUUGUGUGGACGAAGCAAACCCGACGGAUCUUGAAUCGAGGAAUGUCCACUACAAUGCCCAAGCCAUGGACGCCAUACACUGCGCCCUGAGCGACCAUCAGCUCUACCGGAUCUGGCACCUCGAUACCACUAAGGAGGUCUGGGAUGCCCUCCAGGUUAUGCACGAAGACACCCCAAUCGUCCGCGAGCUGAAGGUCAAGCAGCUGAGGGAGAAGAUGAAGUUGUUUGCGUGGAGGAAGGGCGAGUCCGCCGAUGGCAUGUGCGCAAGGCUCGAGAAUUUGGUCUUUGAGAUGAAGCAGCUUGGAUGCGAAGAGGUGACCGAUUCUUAUGGUGUGAGGGAGAUGCUUCGUGCCAUGGCACCAAGGAAGUCAUCCUUUGUGACCCUCAUUCGUGAAGGGCGUAAGUUAGAACACACCCCUCGAGAUGUGCUCCAAGUCUACAAUAUGAUGCAAGAACAAUCCAGAAUCGUGCGCGGGUACGCAAGGGCGAAGGUGGACAGUGUCACCCGAACCGAGCCCGACUACGAUGAAGAUUGCUUCAGAGAAGCGCCUUGCUUCGAUGGCACGCACUAUCUAUCAUGGCAGCGUAGGAUGAAAUUCCAUCUGCUUAGCAUUGACCCUCUUGUGUGGAGAAUUGUGGAAACUGGCUUGUCUUGUGUGGAUGAAGCAAAUCCAACGGCUCUUGAAAAGAGGAAUUGGCAGCACGAUUACCGAGCUAGACGUGCCUUACAGCAUGCCAUAGGUGAUGAUCAAUAUAUUCGGAUUUGCCGAUAUCAAUAUAAGAGUGCUAAGGAGAUUUGGGAUGCUCUCCAAAAAUUUAAUGAAGCAGUUGGUAAGUCAAAGCUCAGUUCACUGAGCAUGGAUAUGAACUUCUUCGUCUUAGGAGAAGAUGAGUCCCCCAAUGACAUGUAUACACGGCUCAACAAUUUGGCUAAUGAGAUGAAGGGUCUUGGGUGCAAAGAGAUGACUGAUUCCUAUCUUGUGAGGAAGAUGCUUUCUGCCAUGGCACCAAGGAACUUAAACCUGGUUUUUUUCCUCAAGCAUGUGAAGCCUAACUUUGAACUACUAACCCCCCAGGAUGUGCUUGCAACAUUCCUCCUCUACGACAUGGAGCAAAAAGAAUCCAAAAUCAUGAGUGGGCAUGCUUUGCCACACUCAAGCAAGAAGGUCAAUGCUGCCUUGAAGGCCAAGCAAGUCCAAGUGGACAAAUCAAGCGAUGAUGAAAACGAUCAUGAUCAAGAUCAAGAGGAAAUGCAACAAGGAAUGCAAGAAUUGACUCUCUUCAUGAAGAAGUAUAAAGGGUUUCUUGGAACGAAAGGCUAUGAAGAAAGAAAUAAUUUCUCUGACAAGUCCAAGAUGAGGAAACCAAAGAGAUAUUGCUAUCAAUGUGGAGAUUCCAAUCAUUUCAGUGCUGAUUGUUCUAAGGAGGACAAGAAAGAAGAGAAUGAGGAAAGCAAAUACAAGAGGAAACCAUUCGACAACAAGGGCAAGCCACACAAGCCAGAGGGGGAGAAAGGUGCGGAGGCACAUCCUCACGUAAACACGGGAGUGGAAAGUGCCGUUCAAAGAUGCGGAGGCGGUGGACUUAGACCGCUUGGGAGGCCGGUUGAUGAAGUACCUGAGAACUCCGCUUCAAAGCUGCCAAGGAAACCUGCCGCCCAAUCGGCACAGCAACACUACUGCCUCAGUGGGCGUCUGGUGGAGGAGUGAUGGCACCCUUGUUGAGGAAAUCUUAAGCACGCGCAUGCUGUUCACCUCUCAAACCUGCUUUCUUUUGGCUCGCAUUUUAGGCCUUGUUUUCGAUGCUAUGUAACGCCGGUUUGCGAAUGAUUUGCACCUGUUAGCGCCGCAUAACUCGUUGGUUUCAUUCUAUGAAAUCCACCCUGUUCAUCGGCGGAAAAGGAUGCCUUUCAGUUACCUUCAUCAGGUAGACCCAGACUUGUUUUGAAUUGUUCUCUGAAUCUUGUCAUGCAGCUUAUCAUCCCAUGGGCUAGGUGUGAUGUCUUCCAUCAUUCGCACUUGUAGUUCCAAACCUCAAAUAAUUGCCCAGUAUAAGAUGCAUGGACAUAUCCAGGCGGCAUCAUCGAGAAGGUGAAAGACUCUGUUAGUCUCUCUUUCCACUCUGCUUUGUACUUUGAAUAAUCGAUCUUUCCACUCUGUUAUUCUUUCAUUGCUGAAGAAUUGAAGUGAGAAUAAUGUAUUUCUGCAGACGGUAGCUGUUGUAUGAAUGUUUCUGUUUAGUUCCCUGGGACAUGAUUCCAUACGCCGGCGUGUUUUUAAUUGCCAGGCUGACCAUUCCGAUGCUUUCUUGUAUCUCCAUAGUCUCUGAUUUUUUGUGUGUGUGUAAUUCUGCUUGUAAGA